CUUCUUCUCUUUACCUUUUCAACCAAAUGUGUUCCCUUGGUGUCCCUGUUAAUGAAUAUUCUAUGAGCAUUGCAAUCAAGUGUUGCUGUCAGCUGCAUCGCACCAAAGACGGCUUUGCACUCCUCGGAAGCUGCUUUAGGCGAGCUAUUCCACCCAAUGUGUACAUAUUUAGUACACUCAUUGACUGACUCGUCCUAGAAGAUAGGAUUCUUGAAGCAGAGAUGUUAUUCAAGAAGCUCACCAAUCAAAAACUUUGUGAACCUAAUGUGGUUAUGUACAACACAAUGAUUAAAGGCCUUUGCAAGUUCAGUAAUAACGUUACAGCAGUUGCUUUGCUCAGGCUAAUGGAACAAAAAAACUGCAAGCCUGAUAUUUUUACAUAUAACACCAUCAUUGAUAGUCUUUGCAAGGAUAAACUGAUUGAUGAUGCUUUCAAGCUCUUUAAAGAAAUGGUAUGUAACAAAAGCAUUCUACCAGAUGUCAUCACCUACACCUCUUUAAUAUGUGGUCUUUGUAAGUUUGGUCAUUGGGAUGAGGCCUCAAAGAUGCUAAAACAAAUGGAGCAUGAGAACAUUUCUCCAGAUGUGCAAACCUUUAAUGUAUUAGUUGAUGCUUUUUGCAAGGAAGGUAAAGUAGAGGAAGCUGAGGCUGUUAUCAACAUCAUGAUUGAGAGAGGUGAGGUUCCAAACAUAGUGACAUACAACUCACUUGUUGAUGGUUACUGUCUUCGAGGUGAAAUGAUCAAAGCAAGGGAGAUUUUUGAUUCCAUUACACUUAGAGGCCUCGUUCCUGGUAUUGUUACUUACAGUAGUUUAUUGAAUGGGUAUUGCAAAAAUCUGAACAUAGAAAAGGCCAUGCAAAUGUUACGUGAAAUGACUGGAAAAGGUUUACAGCCCAAUGUGGUCACUUACAGCACCAUGAUACAAGGAUUGUUCAAGGUUGGGCGUUGUGUAGAUGCACGCAAACUCUUUGAUGAGAUGUAUGCACAAGGCCAAAAUUCAAACGAAUGCACCUAUCGAAUAGUUUUAGAGGGCCUUUGCAGCAAUCGUCAAGUAGAAGAGGCUCUCUCAUUGUUUCAUUCGAUGGGUGAUAGCAAGCUUAAUUCCGAUAUUGUUGUGUACAAUAUCCUCAUUGAUGGUGCAGGAAAAUGUGGGAAAGUGGAUAUUGCGAGGGUUCUUUUCCAAGGUCUAAUUGACAAAGGCUUGCAACUUAAUGUUCGUACAUAUAACGUGAUGAUCAGUGGUUUUUGUCGGGAAGGUCAGUUGGGGGAAGCAAAAUUAUUGUUUCUUAAAAUGGACGAGAGUGGAUGCCCCCGAGAUAAUGUUACUUACCGUGUUUUUCUCCAAGGAUGUCUAAAGAACAAGCACUAUGAUGAUGUAAAGAUGCUUUUAAAGGAAAUGGAUGGAAGAGGUUACUUACUUGAUGCUUCGACUUUAUCGUUAUUUAUAGAUCAUAUCGCAGCUGGUUUACUAGAUAGGAGUAUGCUAAAGUUGUUUGGUAAGCUUGUGCCAAAAGAAUUAAUGGACGAUACUAGCUUGUGCGACUGGGAGUGA